GUUUUCCACGAGCAGUCAAGGCGUGGCCAAGGUCCCCCAGGUUCUGCAGGUCAAAGUGAGUAAUAAAAGUGAGAGUGUCCAAAAGAAAGAUGGGAAUGACAAAGUAACAGCGCCAAAGACAGAGGCAGAGCUCCUUAUGGACAAAUUUGAGAGGAUGGCAGAAGAGGAGAGAAUUUGGCCUUGUCAGAAGGAUAGGAGAGAUAAAGACCAGGCCAAAGAGAUAGAGGGAAAGAGAAAGGAUAAGGAGGUGCUGUCUAAAGAAGAGCAGCGCAGGCUGAGGAAUGAGAAGGCCUUACAGGAACACCUGGACAGGGUAAAGAAUCCGGAAUUGACAGGCAAACAGACCAGACAACCACAAUGUAAAGAUUACUCUAUUUUCACUGCAUCAGGGCUAAAGAGCAAGGACCCGCAUGAUCAACAGUCAGCAAAAUGCAAAGAUUUAUCCAUCUUUUCAGCUGAUGCUCAGACGCAGCAGUGCAAAGAUUUCUCUAUGUUUUCCACGAGCAGUCAAGGCGUGGCCAAGGUCCCCCAGGUUCUGCAGGUCAAAGUGAGUAAUAAAAGUGAGAGUAUCCAAAAGAAAGAUGGGAAUGACAAAGUAACAGCGCCAAAGACAGAGGCAGAGCUCCUUAUGGACAAAUUUGAGAGGAUGGCAGAAGAGGAGAGAAUUUGGCCUUGUCAGAAGGAUAGGAGAGAUAAAGACCAGGCCAAAGAGAUAGAGGGAAAGAGAAAGGAGGAGGAGGUGCUGUCUAAAGAAGAGCAGCGCAGGCUGAGGAAUGAGAAGGCCUUACAGGAACACCUGGACAGGGUAAAGAAUCCGGAAAGGACAGGCAAACAGACCAGACAACCACAAUGUAAAGAUUACUCUAUUUUCACUGCAUCAGGGCUGAAGAGCAAGGACCCGCAUGAUCAACAGUCAGCAAAAUGCAAAGAUGUCUCCAUGGUUACUGCAACUGAGUCAAAGACUCUGAACCCUCAGAAGGACCAGCCAGCAAAGUGCAAAGAUUUCUCUGUGUUUUCCACGAGCAGUCAAGGCGUGGCCAAGGUCACCCAGGUCAAAGUGAGUAAUAAAAGUGAGAGUGUCCAAAAGAAAGAUGGGAAUGACAAAGUAACAGCGCCAAAGACAGAUGCAGAGCUCAUUAUGGACAAAUUUGAGAGGAUGACAGAAGAGGGGAGAAGGGGGCCUUGUCAGAAGGAUAGGAGAGAUAAAGACCAGGCCAAAGAGAUAGAGGGAAAGAGAAAGGAGGAGGAGGUGCUGUCUAAAGAAGAGCAGCGCAGGCUGAGGAAUGAGAAGAACUUACAGGAACACCUGGACAGGGUAGAGAAUCCGGAAUUGACAGGCAAACAGACCAGACAACCACAAUGUAAAGAUUACUCUAUUUUCACUGCAUCAGGGCUAAAGAGCAAGGACCCGCAUGAUCAACAGUCAGCAAAAUGCAAAGAUUUCUCUGUGUUUUCCACGAGCAGUCAAGGCGUGGCCAAGGUCCCCCAGGUCAAAGUGAGUAAUAAAAGUGAGAGUGUCCAAAAGAAAGAUGGGAAUGACAAAGUAACAGCGCCAAAGACAGAUGCAGAGCUCAUUAUGGACAAAUUUGAGAGGAUGGCAGAAGAGGGGAGAAGGGGGCCUUGUCAGAAGGAUAGGAGAGAUAAAGACCAGGCCAAAGAGAUAGAGGGAAAGAGAAAGGAGGAGGAGGUGCUGUCUAAAGAAGAGCAGCGCAGGCUGAGGAAUGAGAAGGCCUUACAGGAACACCUGGACAGGGUAGAGAAUCCGGAAUUGACAGGCAAACAGACCAGACAACCACAAUGUAAAGAUUACUCUAUUUUCACUGCAUCAGGGUUAAAGAGGAAGGACCCGCAUGAUCAACAGUCAGCAAAAUGCAAAGAUGUCUCCAUGGUUACUGCAACUGAGUCAAAGACUCUGAACCCUCAGAAGGACCAGCCAGCAAAGUGCAAAGCUGGGAAAAAUCGCUUGGCUACAUUCUUGAAAACCCUUGUGUGCAGAAAAACGAAGGCAUAAUGCAUAGGUAAGAGAGGAGAAUGUUACAACUCAGAGAAUGUUAAAGCUGAUGACUGAAGUUUGUUUGACACACAGUAUUACAUGAUUCUAACAAUGAUACCUUUUUGUAUUUUUUCAGUUCCUGACGUUUUCCUUGCUAACAAGUGACCUCUGCAAUUUUACACAUAUUUU